UUUUCCAUUUUUCGCAAUUUCAGAUUCAGCGUUCCAGAGGCUGCACCUUUCACCGCCGUUCUCAAAUUCGCAGCCGAGGAAUUCAAAGUGCCUCCCCAGACCAGCGCCAUCAUCACCAAUGAUGUUGUUGGGAUAAAUCCUCAGCAAAGUGCAGGUAAUAUCUUCCUUAAGCAUGGUUCAGAACUACGUCUGAUUCCUCGUCAUAGGGUCGGUGCAGCUGGGGUUUAACGGGACGUUUGAUUAUUGGCUAAUUAAUUAUCUUCUUCAUUAUUUUUCUGGACGAGUGUAUCUAUAACUAUUAAUAAAUGGAAUUAUCUUAUUUAGUGUAUAUA